ACAAAGAUCUACAAACGAAUAGUGACUCACUUUGGGACGAACUGCUUGAAGAAUAAACAAAAAUAUAAAACUUUAGCGGUUUUAAUGUGCAUUGCUUUUAUCUAAACUAAUAUUUUACAAUUGUUGCACCUAAUAAUUGAUUCAGAAUGUUUUACGUGGAUUCUCAACGUACGGUCACACGGCGUGAAAGUUCUUUGAUAUCUCGUCGACGGCCAGGCUUGGAAGGUGAUAUUGACACAUGGUCUACAGUACGAGGCCCAUCUACUGUGCCGCUCAAUAGUGAUUCUUCAGCUUCUAUAUCGACUCGUCCCAAGGGUUCCAUCCGAAGAGAUAUAAUUACAAUGAUGUUCGAAGCCAUGCUGGAAACCAUUGUAGAAUCAUGGGAAACUAUUGCACCAAAAGGAGAUGACAGCUCUCGGUUAGAUUUCGGAACCAAGACAGCUAGCGAUACAACAUUUAUGGGCGGAAAAAAGAAAAAAGUUGCAUCAAAAGGAUCUAAAAGUAGACGAAGCCGAUCAAAAAUAGAAUUUGGGUUGGACUCUACUCAAAUGGUUUGGUGGUCUAGCCCAGAUGAAAAGGCAAUUAUUCGUUUCCGUAACGGCAAUAUGUACGAAGGAAAUAUAUCUUCUAAAUGUAUGCAUGGAGAAGGUCGUUUUGUUUGGAGUGACGGAACUAUUUAUUUGGGUCAAUUUAAAGACAAUGAAAUAAACGGGAAGGGUAUACUUCAGUGGAAGGAUGACAGGUGGUAUGAGGGCGAGUUUGUCGGUAACCUGCGACAUGGCCAUGGGAUUUAUGUGGACUCACGCACCCAACGUUCCUACAUUGGUAGCUGGCACUGUGGAACUAAGCACGGAGACGGAGUCAUUUACUAUUCUCAUAACUUCAAGAACUCCUAUGAUGGUCAUUGGAUCCAUAAUGAAAGGUUUGGGUACGGAUCUCGAGAGUACGAUGAAUCAAGUGGAUAUAAAGGAGAUUGGGACAGAAAUAUUAGGCAAGGAAAGGGCUUAAUGAUAUGGCCAAAUCACGAUUUUUACCGUGGCGAAUGGCAACAUGGAGUUAUGUCUGGCAACGGAAUUUACAUAUGGGAAGCUUAUUAUAAUAACACAAUGUCAGUGCCAUCUAUAAAUGCAUUUUAUGGCUCGUGGGAAAAAGGUCAACGACAUGGCUAUGGUAUUCUUCACCUCGGAUUGGGCUUAGGUUCGCAUUACAAGGGCGAGUUUAAAAGAAAUAAAAAACAUGGAGUUGGCAAGUUUGUCACAAACAAUGGAUUCAUUCUUCAAGAUAAAAACCUUUUCAUUGAAGACAAUAUAGCACCAGCAGUUGGAACCGAAGCACGAUACGUACAGGAAGCCAAAAAAGCUUUUGCAAUUGUUAGCCACGAACCACAUAAAUUUGAUAUAUGCGACAAUAACGUGGGCCUCAUUUAUCAUGUCGACCAAGCGUUUAAAAAUUUAGAUAAACGAGCUGAAAUAAGAAAAAAUAUAAUCAUGGAAUUCAUGGAAAAUAAUAAUAUUUUAGGAAAACAGCAUUUAGGAAUGGGUGGAGUUGAGGAAACUGCUUCAGAGGAAGCACUUAGAAAAGAAAAUUUCGAUACGCUGAUCAUGUUUGAGGAAACUUCGCUACGAAAUUGUUUGAAAUGCUACGAAACUGAAUUGGUAAACAUUUACUACAAAUAUGCUACUAUUUGCAACACCGAAGAAAUAGAAUUCACGCCUAUAUUGAUUCGCUUAUAUUUAUGGCAAUUAUAUUACGACUGCAAUGUCCACGAGCGAGGUUUAACACUCGUUGAGAUUGAUAGGAUUUAUCACCGAAAUCCUGAAUGGCUAGCAAGGUCUGCUCACAAUCCGUUUGAAAAGGUUUACUUUUGGCAGUUUUUACAUAGUAUAAUUUCGGUUGCUAGUAGAUUGUAUGCAAAAAGACAAAUGCCUGGUCCUAAGCCUGAUACGAUCAUAGCAAGUGCCCUUAGAAAUUUCAUGGAUUUGGACGUUAUUCCGGGAACUAGUCAGCAGAAAGGUUACCUGGUAAAUGGUUUCGGUCAAUUCGUACCGUUAAGAGCCACCUACGACCUAUACCGCAGUUUGGGAGAACCACACACUGUGCGCACUUUCCUGCGCGCCGUUCGACGCAUGCCGCACUCCCUGCUACAUCCUCAACCGGACAUUGUCGAAGUACCCGAUAUGUACUUGCCGCUAGGGAGGAACGUUUAUAUAUUUGGAGAUGAAUUGUCCUUUAUUGUUGAUGACAAUGAGCUUCCUGAAUUUUUUGAAUUACCUGAAAAUUAUGACAAAUUGAAACUGUUCAAUUUCGGCAACUUAUCAAGCAAAACCAUUAUAAGCAUAUUUGCAAGAAUAUUUCCACAGCUAUGUGAACAAAAUAAAAUUAUGAAUCUAGACAUAGAACUUUCGUUUUUCGAAUUUUUUGAAGCGUUUAUUUCGUGCGCCGAAGAAAGCAUUCGCGUGAGAGAUGAAGAACUGAGAUUUAAAGAAUUGGCCAUGUACAAUGAAACUUUAGCACCGCCCAGUACUCCAGCGGGACACGGUGCAAGAUCUAAAUGAACAUAAAACAACGAAAGUUUCCAACACUCCAGCGCGAAAUAAGUUAAUGAAGAGUGCCGAUUUAGCCCAACUGCCUCCAGAUUUUGGAGUAAUGGAUUACAUUUCUACUUCAAAAGAUGAUUAUAGGACUCCUUAUCCUGCAGUGACCAGACCGUUGAUGAUGUCUUCUCC